AUGCGACACCCAUCAGCCGCCGAAUUUGUAAGAGCCAUCAAAACCUUCAUCGUAUCAAUCUCAAACACACCUCCAGAUCCCGAAACCGACAGCACAUCCGUACAACAAUUCCUCGCCAACAUGGAAGCCUCUUUCCGGGCCCACCCGCUGUGGUCAACCGGGUCAGAAGAAGAACUAGACAGUGCAGGCGAAGGUCUUGAAAAAUACAUCAUGACAAAAUUAUUCCCCCGUGUCUUCGCCUCACACCAACACGACAUCAAACAAGAUGAAAAUCUCCACCAAAAAUUAUCUCUUCUCCAACAAUUCAUCAAACCCGAACACUUAGAUAUCCAACCAACAUACCAAAACGAAACCUCGUGGAUCCUCGCUCAAAAGGAGCUUCAAAAAAUCAAUAUCUAUAAAGCCCCACGAGAUAAACUUGUUUGCAUACUUAGUUGCUGUAAAGUUAUUAGUAACUUGCUGCUUAAUGCUUCGGUUGCUGCUAAUGAAAACCCUCCUGGAGCAGAUGAGUUUCUCCCGGUUUUAAUCUAUGUUACCAUAAAAGCAAACCCUCCUCAAUUGCAUUCCAAUUUGUUGUAUAUUCAACGAUUCAGACGCGAAUCCAGACUAGUUGGAGAAGCGGCUUAUUUCUUUACAAACAUGUUGUCUGCUGAAGCCUUUGUUACAAACAUAGAUGCCAAAGCGCUUUCCAUGGAUGACACCGAGUUUCAGAAGAAUAUGGAAUCCGCUCAAGCACUUAUUCAUGGCCUAUCCACCGAUUACACUACUGGUCAAAGCAUUGGUCAAAGUAUGUCAUCUGAGAAUAGUGAAUCAACAACCGAAAAGGAAAAGGAAAAGGAAAAUGAAAAAGAAAAGGAAGUAUCAUCGGUGAAAAAGAACUUAUCGGUUUCAGAUUUGGAGAAUAAAGGGGCUGAUAUGAUUGUAAAAGACGGAAAUGGAAUUGAAGAGUUUCGGAAUUUUCCGUAUUUGUAUUCGGAAGCGGGUGAUAUGACAAUUGGUGACGUGGAAGAUUUGUUAGAUGGUUAUAAGGAACUUGUGUUGAAGUAUGUUAGUCUUGCGAAAGGAGUGGGUGUGGGUGGUGUUUCAAGUGAAGAUAAGUAG